UGCAGCCCCGGUGUAUAAAAGCAGCUGACGGCAGUCAGAGCAGCAGAGGACGGGCUGGUGCAGAGCGGUGAGGAGAGGCUCAGGUCUCCGUCGGUGUCGUCAGAGUUACACAAUGAGGAAACAGAUCAGAUGAAGAAGAAGGAAAGGACUCUACAGCAGGAUCCAGGAUCCAGGACCAGCAGGAACACACUCUGGUUCUGGUCCACAGCCCCGGCCGGGACUCACCGUCUCCAGCAGAGAGGACGUGGUCGUCUCCAUGGAAAGCUCACAUCUCCAAAGCCGUGGUUCUCCUGAUGUAAACACAGUGGCUGCGUGUUCUGGUGGAAUGCUGCUGCAGCGCCUGCUGUCAACAGAAACUUCCAGAACGUGUUCAAACUGCCCCCGCUGACUUACGUGGAGAACAGAGUCGGGUCGACACCUCGCAGAGCGUUGACGACCAAUCACCUCUCCCCCCCCCGGUGUCUCAGUGUCUGCCUCUCGUCUUGCUGACAUGUUCUUUCACCCUCUAAUCUGGUUACAGUUUAUAUUCUGCACAAAGCUGCCAGUCAUUUAGGGGGCGCUAGUGAUAUUUAAUAGCAACAAUAAAAGCUACAAAUUGAGCGACAUGAUCAGGCAGGUCAGAGCCGUUACAAAAAGUCCAGAUUCUCCUAACUUCCUGUCUCUUUUUCCUCCCAGUAUCCGUUCAGUCAGAAGAACCAGCUCCGACCCAGAGCCCGGCAGAGAUGCUGGCCAUGCAGCACUUCAACUCCUCAGGUAUGGCUGCCCCCCCGCCUCUCUUUAAUCACACCACCAUGGUGCUGGAGCCUGAGGUGGAGGCCGUGCCACCUAAUGCCACCCUCCCACCCAGUAACCCCACGGCCGCGGGCCUCACCAUGACCCUGGGCAUCCUCUUCAACGUGGUGGCGCUGGUCAUCCUGGCCAAGGCCUACAACCGCUUCCGUCGCAGGUCGAAGGCCACGUUCCUGCUCUUUGCCAGCUCCCUGGUGGCCACCGACCUGGCCGGACACGUGAUCCCCGGAGCCCUGGUCCUCAGGAUAUACUCGGCAGGUGCCGGCUUCACCAUCGACCCCGUCUCCGGGACCAGACGGGAUCCUGACGCUUCCUGUCUGUUUCUGGGCGGCUGCAUGGUUUUCUUUGGUCUGUGCCCACUUUUCAUGGGCUGCGCCAUGGCGGCCGAGCGCUGCCUGGGCGUGACGCGGCCCCUGCUGCACGCACGUCUGGUGACCACAGCGCGGACUAAGAUGGCGCUGGCCCUCAUAUGGACGCUGGCUCUGGCCGUGGCCCUCCUGCCGCUCAUCAGCCUGGGCACCUACACCUACCAGUACCCGUGGACGUGGUGCUUCAUCAGGGUGAUGGAGGACACCGGGGCCACGGACCUGGCCUUCGUGGUGCUGUUCUCUGGACUGGCCCUCAGCUCACUGGCCCUGGCCUUCGUGUGUAACACCAUCAGUGGGAUCACACUGGUCAGAGCACGCCUAAAGAAGAGGCCCUGCUCCCAACGCCGCUCGGCCAGGUCACAUGACACGGAGAUGGUUGUGCAGCUGGUCGGCAUCAUGGUCACAUCCUGCAUCUGCUGGAGCCCUCUGCUGAUCUUUGGCCUGAUGUCGGCUGUGCGCUCCUACAGCGGCGCCCUGAGCAGCGACCGGGACACGUACCGGGGACUGAUGGUGACCGGAGUCAGGAUGGCAACCUGUAACCAAAUCCUGGACCCGUGGGUCUACAUCCUGCUGCGGCGUGCCAUCCUCAGGAAGAUCUACGGCAUCACCAAGAAGCAGGCCAGUUUUAGGGGGAGCACUUUCCGCUCCACCCGCUGGGAGGUCAGCUCUUUCCAGAACUCAGAAAAAAACAGUGGUAAUAAUAAGACCUGAGGGAAGAGCACGGUGUUGGAAGGAUCCGGACUGACACAGUCCAGUUUAUACAGGAACAGCUGAUCCUGACCUCCGAGGUUGUUGAAAACAUCGAUGAAUGAAACGGUGGAUGUUAAAGAGCAGCUGGUGAUGGGGUGUGUGCACGGGGGCAGCCUGCCCUCUGUGAGAGCAGAUGCUAACGUAGCCCCAGUCUGCGUGCAGAGUCAUGAUGAUCGUGUCACACAUCUCAAGUCCAACGAGUUCUUCUGCUGUGAACGUGCUGAUUGGUCGGUUCAGUGGAAAGGCUCACAUCAGAGCAACUGAAAAAGGCUGUGCUUUUACCUCAGCUCCAAGAUGUGAAAAAAAACACACGGUGUGUGUGUGUGUGUGUGAGAGAGAGAGAGAGAGAGAGAGAGAGAGAGAGAGAGAGAGAGAGGCUGUGACGUGAACACGUGUUGUGAAUGUAUCUACAGUAUUUGCCCCAGUUGCCUGGGGCCUAAAGCUAAUUAAAAGGUGAAUGUGAUGUCACAUGUUUCAUGGUUGUGUUCAUUUGUGUCUCUGACAAUAUUCACACCAACAGUACGUUACGGUUCUGAAAGAACUGGGUCUAAAUUAUGGAUAAAUUAUGUUUUAUUAUUAGUCCAGUAAUGAUUUUAUGA